GUUUAGCUCAGAGACGCGACUGUUCCGGGACGUUACUGCCGGUUAAAAAGGUCUCGUGUCGUUUAGUUGAAAAACAGCCGCACGUGCACACACACCCGCACGUGCACACGCUGUCACGCAGCAGGAAGGGGCGGCGGGAAGGAGGAGCCGCGGCUGCGGGACAACUUUUCGUAUUCCCCGCUCCACUUCCUCGCCUUCCCCCGCACAGUCUCCAGCUCUGACUGAACUCAGCCGUCGGUAAACCCGCUGAAAACACCAAAAUGUACCGGUACCUCGGAGAGCUUCUCACCCGGGGAGCUGGUAGCGUCCUGGCCUCGGGUGGCUCCGCCGCCGCCGCCGCCGCUGCUGACUCGGCGCUCCCGGCGACUGCGUCUCUGCUGCGGUACCGCGGCUACAGCCAGGCCGUGGACGGGCACGACGACCCGAACUUCUUCACCAUGGUGGAGGGCUUCUUCGACCGGGGCGCCGCGAUCGUGGAGGACCAGCUGGUGGAGAGCCUGAAGACCCGGGAGAGUCCCGAGAUGAAGAGGAAGCGGGUCCGCGGGAUCCUGAGGAUCAUCAAGCCGUGUAACCACGUCCUGAGCGUCAGCUUCCCCAUCAAGAGAGACAACGGAGAGUGGGAGGUGAUAGACGGCUACCGGGCUCAGCACAGCCAGCACCGGACACCCUGCAAGGGAGGUAUCCGUUACAGUACGGACGUGUCUGUAGACGAGGUGAAAGCUCUGGCCUCGCUGAUGACCUACAAGUGUGCCGUCGUUGAUGUGCCGUUUGGUGGAGCCAAAGCUGGAGUGAAGAUCAACCCGAGGAAGUACUCUGACAACGAGCUGGAGAAAAUCACCAGGAGGUUCACCAUCGAGCUCGCCAAGAAAGGCUUCAUCGGACCUGGUAUCGACGUUCCUGCUCCUGACAUGAGCACCGGAGAGAGGGAGAUGUCCUGGAUCGCCGACACCUUCGCCACCACCAUGGGACACUAUGACAUCAACGCUCACGCCUGCGUCACCGGGAAGCCCAUCAGUCAGGGAGGAAUCCACGGUCGCAUCUCCGCCACCGGCCGAGGAGUUUUCCACGGCAUCGAGAACUUCAUCAAUGAGGCGGCAUACAUGAGCCAGCUGGGGAUGUGUCCCGGCUUCCAGGACAAGACCUUCGUCAUCCAGGGUUUCGGUAACGUGGGUCUUCACACCAUGCGUUACCUUCAUCGUUUUGGGGCAAAGUGCGUCGGAAUCGGAGAAAUGGACGGAAACAUCUGGAACCCCAACGGCAUCGACCCCAAGGAGCUGGAGGACUACAAACUGGACAACGGGACCAUCGUGGGCUUCCCGAACGCCACGCCGUAUGAAGGAAACAUCCUGGAGGCUGAAUGUGACAUCCUGGUCCCUGCUGCCAGCGAGAAGCAGCUGACCAAGAGCAACGCACACAAGAUCAAGGCCAAGAUCGUCGCUGAGGGAGCCAACGGUCCGACCACGCCCGAAGCCGACCGCAUCUUCCUGGAGAGAAACAUCAUGGUGAUCCCGGACAUGUACCUGAACGCCGGCGGUGUGACGGUCUCGUACUUUGAGUGGUUGAAGAAUCUGAAUCACGUCAGUUACGGUCGACUCACCUUCAAAUAUGAGCGGGACUCAAACUACCACCUGCUCAUGUCGGUUCAGGAGAGUUUAGAGAGGAAGUUUGGGAAACACGGCGGCGCCAUCCCCGUCGUCCCCACGUCUGAGUUCCAAGCCAGGAUCUCUGGAGCGUCUGAGAAGGACAUCGUUCACUCAGGUCUGGCCUUCACCAUGGAGCGCUCUGCCAGGCAAAUCAUGCGAACAGCCAACAAGUACAACCUGGGUUUGGACUUGCGGACGGCGGCGUACGUCAACGCCAUCGAGAAGGUCUUCCAGGUUUACAACGAGGCUGGCCUCAUCUUCACAUAGGCUCUCCUCCAUCCGUCUGUCCAUCUGUCCGUCUGUCUGUUACCCGUCUGUCUUCCAUCACCUCUGCAGCGUUUACAGCGUGGAUGAAUGUGUGUGCGUGUGUGUGUCAGUGUGUGUUCAUUCCUUCAACACGUCUGUUUACCUUCUUCUUCAGGAACUUCCUGUUUUGCAACUUUAACGCCGCCGUGCUGCUUUAAACACAUAUCAGGCCAAAUAUAGAGAGAAGUUCUCGACAUCUAUCAGAGUCUUAACGCCUCAGAGGAACUGUGUCACUGUUUGCCUUCAGCACAGCGUGUGGCCAAAAAUAUGUGGAUGCCAUCGUUCGCCAACUUCAUCUGACGUUUGGACUCGAGCUGAAAUGAUUGAUGAAACUAGUGUUUUAUAACCUGGAGACAUUUUUAACUAUGAAGUAAAUUUAACAUUUCAGCUGCACAAAAUGUUAAUUUUGACCUUUUCUUUUGUGAAUUACAGGAUUGCUUUCAGGCCUUUUUUUAUUUUAGAAAUUAUUCAGACAAAGCAAUAAAAAUCUGUUUAAGACACUAAAAGCCAAAAUAAUCUGGAUUAGACAACUGACACAAAAUUAAUCUUCAAUCGUUUUGAUUAUUAACAGAUUUUUUUAUGCAGAAAUAAGGAAAAAUAAUCUGAUUUCAGUUCUCAGAUGUGAAUAUUUCCUGUUUUUUGUCGUCUUUUUGUGACAUUAAACUGAAUCUUGUUGAGACAAGACAUCUCUGUGGUCUUUAGGAAACUAUAAUCAGCAGUUUUCAUUGAAGAGAUCCAGUUUAUUGUCAUAAAACAUGAAGAAAAACAGAAAAUAUUCACAUCUGAGAAGCUGGAACUGGAUCAUUUUUGCCUUUAAAAUUAUAAAGAAUUCAUGUCAUCAAAACCAUUAAAGAUGAAUUCUCUGUCAGUCGUUAAAUCCAGAGGUUUUUGUUUUGUUAGAAUGAUUUUUAAUAGGCCGGAAACACCUGAAAGUUUCCAGAUAUUGAUUUAAUCAAAACUGAUAAAAUCUGGAAACAUUUUUACUUUUUUAAAAACACUGCAAGCAGAUGAGUGGAGGCUGUUUGAACGCGUCCACAUACUUUUGUCCACGAUGUGUGUUGACAUGUUUGUCUUCCAUAGAUGUCUGUUGUUUUUGUAUAAUGCAGUUUACAUGUGCCUCAGGACUUUAAGCUUUAAUAUUUACUGGAGUUAAUUUAUUAAAGGCUCAUUCUGCUGUUUUUAGUGACAUGCCUCAAAGUCAGCCUGCAGAGUCUGACCCAGUGUGUUUUUGGUUAUAAAUACUGUCAUCCUUCAGUCUGAACUCAAAACUGUGUAAUGUAAUGUGACGACGUAUAUCAGCGUCCAGAUGGAGGGCAGGAAACGCUGAACAAACACCUCUGACUUGUGUUCGGCUGUUCAGUCGGACUUAAACAACUUAAAGUUCGGAAAAUAGUCAGACUUAAAGAAUGAAAAUAAAAAUAAAAGUUAACGGUACACCGCUGUCUUCAACCUUCCUGGAGUUGGAUGCAGUCACAGUGUGCUGUAACUACUUCUUGUUUUUAACCAUGACCCAAACUUGUAACAGGUUUCAGCAGACAGACCUCUGGGAACAGUUAACGUAGUAGGUAGAAAACAGUAGCUAAAGUUAGGUAAUGUUAGCUAAUAAUGUUAGCCUGACAGCAUUUCACCAGGCCUCUGGGAACGGUUAAUGUAACGUUAGCCUGUUUUUUACCAGACCUAGUAGGUAGAAAAGAGUAGCCAAAGUUAUCUAAUGUUAGCUAGUAAUGCUAGCUUGACAGCUUCUUUCAUCACUUCCUGUCCUCAUUAUCUGAGGUCACAUGGUUACAAACAAGUUAUUAAUAAAUCUAAAACACCACAGAAUUCUUUCAGCGGUAAAAUAAAAUGUUGGUUAAAACAUGAAAAAGAAAAACAGCAGAAUGAUCUUUUAACUUUUAGCUGUUAGCUUUUAGCUCUUUGCUCAUCUCGUCUGCCAUUAGCUGGCGACAUAAAGUCCAAAAACCAAAAAACUUUGUUUUUAAAUUUCAGGUCAUGACACGGUUGCAGCUUGUGCUAUUGCUAAAGCUAAUGCUAAUCUAUGCAGUUAAAGGAAGCAAUAUUAGCCUCGUUAGCCUGUAAACUCUGAAUCGUUCUGUCAGAGUUCUGCAUCAGACGGAAACAAAACACAAACAGUGUGAGGGUGGGAAACAGAAAACUUCGUACAGCGUCACGUAGAGACUGCACAAGCAAAACCGUGACACGAGAAAUGUUUCCGUCUUUGAUGACGACAGAUUUUGACUCCGCAGCGAGUUUGUGUUUGAUUUUCUCUCCUGAUGCUGAACUGUGUGAGAGUCUGAUCUGACUGUAACUAUGCAAACCCCACUGCUCACUGGUGUCCCAGUUAGUCUCUGUAACUGGUCAUCAGACGCACAAAUGAAAGCUUCAGCUGUUGUUUUCUGUCACAGCGCCCCCUCACUGCCACGCUCGCAACUGCAGCUCUCAGCUUGUUCAGCAAAGAGUCACCUGGAACCUUAAAGAGGAAACCUUCAUCUCUCAGGGUCGGGGGAGGGGACAGGGGACGGGAGACGGGGGGACGCCAGGGGGCGGGGUCACGUGCUGCAUGUGGAGGUUAAUGGAUGAAACAAACUCUAUUUUCUGUGUCUCGGCUCUGAUUGAAAGGACUUGGGGAUCCUGUGUGAGGGAGUUUUUACGCCUUUUUGUUAAAAUGUUACAGCGAAAAUAAAAAACUGAAAAGACA